UCAAAGCAUGCCCAGCCCAGAACAUGCCUAUGUCAGUGCAGCUUAGCUCCUCUCUCUCACACAACAGAAUAUAUAUUUAGCUGCUGAAGCCGUAUUUAUAGCUGCUGAGACCUUUUCCUUGGCCUCUAGUAGCUGUUUACGUCGCAUUGAAAAGUAGCUGGGAUUAGUACAGCUGCGGAUCGCGUACUUAUCUUAGGACCGAUUUUUUUUUUUUUUUUUUUUUUUUUUUUUCCGGCUCUUAGCGAGUCGACUAAGGAGGCUACUGUUCGCAUUUGAUCCAAGUCUCCUCACAAUCGCAGCUACGCUUUCGGGCCGACGCAAAGUCACAGUCAACCUGCAUCUACGACGAUGUCUUCUAGGGGAGGCCUUCGGGCGUGCCGAGUGACUGUAAAGGUGGUGGCUAUAAGGGACGUCGGGUCGCUGAGCAACCCCGUGGUUCAAGUUCUCGUGGAGGACAGCUACUUCCGAACCUCAGAUGUGAAGGAGAAGGCGGAGGAUGGUCUGAUCACGUUCGACCAAGGCCACUCGUUCGACGUCAAGGAUGAAAAGUCGGCGGAGGUGCGGGUGGCGGUGGCGGGGAAGACGUCCAUGGGCAUGCGCAAGGUGCUGGGGUCCAUCAAGCCGCUGCGCGUGGCGGACCUGCUGGAGACCGACCCUGACCGCACUCUGGAGCCUGAGUGGUACGAUAUAGUGGCCAAGGAGGGGAAGAAGUCAAGUGUGGGGAAGGUGCUGCUGCACGUGGUGGCAGCGCGAGCGCCACCUCAGCAGCCAAUCAAGCUGUUCAUUGGCUCCUGGAACGUCGGCAACGCGCCCCCGCCAGACGACCUCUCCCCAUGGCUCCCUAAGGGCACGGAUCACGAGCUUAUAGCCAUUGGAUCCCAGGAGUGCGAGUAUCAACCGCGCUCAGGCUACGCCACUUGUAUGGAGGACUGGGUUGCUGCUAUUAAAGCGCACUUCGCGCCGCACUACAAGGUGGUGAAGGGCACAACACGUGGCCAAAUGCGAUUGGUGGUGCUGGUGCUGGAAACAUCCCAGAAAGCAAUUACCGACGUGACGUCAACUAGCGAGGCCACUGGCAUUGGCCAUGUCAUCGCCAACAAGGGUGCUGUCAGCGUAUCCCUUAAGUUCUGGGACACCUCCUUCUGCUUCGUCAACUCGCACCUGGCAGCACAUGAGGGGCACUGCCAGACACGCAAUGAUAAUUACCGAGAGGUGGUGCGCAACAUGCAUCCUGGCCUCUCAAGCAUCGACCUGCUCUCUCAGUUCCGCCACGUGUUCUGGAUGGGUGACCUUAACUACCGCCUCGCCUUUCCGGGAUCCGCCCACGCGGGGCAAGGCGGCCCGAUGGACGGUGACGACGACAGCUCAGGGGACGAAGACAGCAGCAGCAACGGCAGCGGCCUCGGCAGCAGCAGCAGGCUAGAGAGUUUGAACGAGGAGGGGGGCACUAAUGGGAGUGGGAGCAAGGGCGCUCGAGUGAUGCAUCGGUCGGUGUCUUCAAGUGGGAGUGGGGGGAGCGGGGGCGGGUCGCGGAGUGGCAGUGGGCGGAAGCUGAAUGAGAUGGACCGCAAGAUGGUUUCCAUGGGGGGAAGUGCCAAGGAGAGGAAGGAGGCGGAAAAAGCUGUCCGCAUGGCUCUACACCAGAGCAUAGUCGAGAAGAUAGACCAAGGGGACUUCACAGAGCUUCUGAAGAAUGAUGAGCUGCAACGGGAGAUCCGGGAGGGCCGGGCGUUCUACAAGUUCUGUGAAGCGCCCAUUGACUUUGCGCCCACGUUCAAGGUGCUAAGGGACGAGCUGCGACAGUACAACCCCAAGCGCCUGCCUGCGUGGUGCGACCGGGUGCUCUGGCGCUCCCUGCCCGGCUGUGAUCUCACCUGCACCAGAUACACCUCUGCACCAAACAUUCUCACCGGGGACCACAAGCCAGUACUGGCUGAGUUUGAUGUGACCACGUAUGCUCUCCCAGUGACCAUGGAUCCCAGUGAGGAGGCGGUGCAGCUGCUGCAGCUGAGCAAGGGACACAGCGACAAGGACGACAUGCGCUGGCACCUGCAUUUCACAGACCUCAAGGGCCACAAUCUCCUCUCAGCAGACGCCAACGGCUUGUCAGACCCCUACAUCCGCUUUGUGGGACCCAAUCUCUUCAAGUCCUUCCAGACCAAGAAGUGCUACAAGACGCUCAACCCUGUGUGGGGCGCUGAUGACGUACCCGCUAUAGUGUUGGAGCACCAGUCGCUGCACUACUAUGAGAAGGACUAUCUACUAGCAGCCGUGUUCGACCAUGAUAAGACCAACAAGGACGACCCUCUAGGUUUUGCUGCGAUCCCAUUGGCCGAUCUGGUCAAGGCCACGUGGGAGCAGUCCUCCCAGCCAGUCAGUUUCCGGGUCGAGGUGACCUAUAAGGGCCUGCCAGCUGGCGAGCUGGACGGCAGCUUCCGUCUCUUCUGGGCGGUGAACAAGCUCAGCGAGGGCAAGUGCGCGCAGAUGUGAUUAUAGUGAAGGGAAUUGGGGCGCAGACAUGGUUCAUAGCGAAGGGAGUGCGGUCAUAGUAGGCCACGUUGGCGGGACUUGGGAGACCAAUGUGUUUGGUGGUAUGAAUGCAAGGCCGACGGAUGUGCAUAGAGGAGGGAAGAGGGAAGGAAAGAGUGGGGGGGGGGGUAGAGUCGUGGCAAGCCCUACUACUUUGAGGAUGGAUGGGGGGACGAGGCGAAGGAGAGAAGCAGGCGUGCCACGGGUGGGAGCGAAGGAAACAAGUUGGGAGGCGCAGCGCAAGCAGCAUGGAUGUUUAAUUAUGCUGCGGUAAGAAAAGAGCUCAGGAAGUUCAUUGGCUGUCUGAUGCUUGACCCUGAUGGAAUAUUGGUAGGCAAUACAGUCUCAGAGUUAGAAAUGUUGAAUAGAAUGAGAGUAUAUAGGGGUACAUAGCUAGUGGGUUGUACUCUCUAUGGCAAGACCCUACGUGGUCUACUAAACAUACACAAAUAUGUUUGACACACCCCCUAGACUUGAUCAAGGCAGAGCCUGGUGAGA